CCCAGCGCGGCGGGCGUGGGAAGGCGGCGGCGGCGGCGGCGGCGGCGCGGACGCAGGAUGUGUGACCGGAACGGUGGACGGCGGCUCCGACAGUGGCUGAUUGAACAAAUCGACAGCAACACGUAUCCAGGGCUGAUUUGGGAAAAUGAUGAGAAGAGCAUGUUCCGGAUCCCUUGGAAACACGCCGGCAAACAAGAUUAUAAUCAGGAAGUGGAUGCCUCCAUUUUCAAGGCCUGGGCAGUUUUUAAAGGGAAGUUUAAAGAAGGGGACAAAGCUGAACCAGCCACGUGGAAAACGAGGUUACGCUGUGCUUUGAACAAGAGCCCAGAUUUUGAGGAAGUGACAGACCGGUCCCAGCUGGACAUUUCCGAGCCAUACAAAGUUUACCGCAUCGUCCCUGAGGAGGAGCAAAAAUGCAAACUAGGCGUGGCAACCCCCAGCUGCGUGAACGAUGUCACGGAGAUGGAGUGCGGUCGCUCCGAAAUUGACGACCUCAUCAAGGAGCCUCCUGUGGAUGAUUACAUGGGGAUGAUCAAGAGGAGCCCCUCCCCCCCAGAGGCCUGCAGGAGCCAGCUCCUCCCAGACUGGUGGGCGCAGCAGCCCAGCACAGGCUUGCCGCUGGUGACAAGGUACCCCACCUAUGAUGCACACCAUUCAGCCUUCUCCCAGAUGGUGAUCAGCUUCUACUACGGGGGCAAGCUGGUGGGCCAGACCACCACCACCUGCCCUGAGGGCUGCCGCCUGUCCCUGAGCCAGCCAGGGCUGCCCAGUGCUAAGCUGUAUGGGCCCGAGGGUCUGGAGCUGGUGCGCUUCCCGCCGGCAGAUGCUAUCCCUAGUGAGCGGCAGAGGCAGGUGACGCGGAAGCUGUUCGGGCAUCUGGAGCGUGGUGUGCUGCUGCACAGCAGCCAGCAGGGCAUGUUCGUCAAGCGGCUGUGCCAGGGCCGCGUGUUCUACAGCGGAAACACGGUGGUGUGCAAGGGCAGGCCCAACAAGCUGGAGCGCGACGUGGUGGUCCAGGUCUUUGACACCAGCCAGUUCUUCCGAGAGCUGCAGCAGUUCUAUAACAACCAGAGCCGGCUUCCUGACAGCAGGGUGGUGCUGUGCUUUGGGGAAGAGUUUCCGGAUAUGGCCCCCUUGCGCUCCAAACUCAUUCUUGUGCAGAUUGAGCAGCUCUACGUCCGGCAGCUGGUGGAAGAAGCGGGGAAGAACUGCGGAGGGGCCGGCUCCCUGAUACAGGCUCCCGAGGAGCCCCCAGCAGACCAGGUCUUCCGGAUGUUUCCAGAUAUUUGUGCUUCACACCAGAGACCCUUUUUCAGAGAAAACCAACAGAUUACUGUUUAAGAGUCUCUUGGGCACCCCACCUGCUGCAUCUCGCAUAUCACCGCUAUAGUUACUGUUGUAAUUAUUAAAGGAUGGAUUUCUCUGGCUGGGGGUGGGGCGUCUGGCUUUGCUCUUAAUUUGGUAAGGACAUUCUCUGAGGACUGACGUUUAAAAAAAGCCAUACCACAGUACCACUGGGUUCAGGUAUAAACGUUGGAAGCUUACACCAAGUGGUCUGUAUGCUAUAACUAUAACCUGGGAUGAAAAAAUUUUAUUUUCCCUAAUUAUUAUUAGUUUCUAUGAUUCUUUCUGCAUUUUGGGUUGAUAUUUCCAAAGACUUAUUUAAUUUUGCUAGCAGAUAGCUGCUUCGAGUAAAGGAAUUUGGAGUUUAAAAUCAACUUGU